AUGUGUAACUUUCUGAUUUUUCCAUUGCAGGCCCGAAGAGAUGCAUUCAAACGUCGUAACCCUAUAGCUCACAUGAAACAAGGAGUAAUCGAUAAUGAAUUGUUUCCGUUUCGAGCCGAGAUACUCAUCAUUGGAGGAGGGCUCGCUGGCUCUUCCACGGCUUACUGGAUUAAGGAGCGUUUUCGAGAUGAAGAUUUCAAAGUUGUUGUGGUUGAAAAUAAUGACAAGUUUACUCAGAGCUCUACAAUGCUGUCAACUGGGGGCAUUUCUCAACAGUUUUCCAUUCCUGAACAUGUUGAAAUGUCGCUUUUCACGGCCGAAUUUCUUCGUCAUGCUGGAGAACAUCUUCGAAUUCUGGACAAUGCCCCACCAGAUAUAAACUUAUUGCCGAACGGAUUUCUCUAUCUGGCCCAGAAUGAGGAGCAAGCUGAGGAGUUGAGGAAAAGCUGGAAGAUUCAACUCGACAAAGGAGCAUGCGUGGCACUUUUAACCAGGGAUCAGUUAAAGGACCGGUUUCCGUUCAUGGACUUCGAGGAUGUUGUACUUGGAACCUUAGGUCUGGAAAAUGAGGGCACAUUCGAUACGUGGCAACUUUUGUCGGCAAUUCGUGAAAAGAACAUCACCCUUGGAGUGCAGUAUGUCAAGGGUGACGUAGAGGGUUUCCAAUUUGAACGGCUCGUAACAAGGGCAGAACCUCAUGCAAUGGAAGACCAUGAUCUUGCAGAUCAGGAAAAACUCCGUGCUCAGCGAAUUACAGGAGUUCUGGUCCGUCCACAAAUGUCUGACACUUCAGCACGACCGAUACGAUGCUAUAUGGUAGUGAAUGCUGCUGGUCCAUGGGCAGGCAAGAUUGCUGAACUGGCUGGCAUAGGCAAAGGAGAAGGAUUAUUGGCUGUUCCGGUUCCCGUACGACCAAGAAGACGAACAAACUUUGUGAUCCAUGCCCCAGAUGUUCCCGUGGAUAUGCCGGCUCUCGUCGAACCAUGUGGUGUUCACUGUCGUCAAACUGAUGUUGGAAAUACCUUUGUUGUAGGCAGGAAUCCUCCAGAGGAAGAAGAUCGCAGGGACAACCGCGAAUCCCUCGAAGUAGAUUACAACGAGUUUUAUGAGAAGAUAUGGCCAGUUUUGGUGAAAAGAGCGCCUGGAUUCCAAUCAGCAAAGAUAAAGUCGGCAUGGUGUGGUUUUCAAGACGUGAACACUUUUGAUAGUGCUCCAGUAAUAGGUGAACAUCCACUCUACCAGAAUCUCUAUAUGAUGUGCGGAUUUGGUGGCAGGUAUGUCUCCAGGUUUUGCUUAUCUGCUUUUUUUUCUUUACAGUUUUCCGUGUUAAUCAUUUCAUUUUGUUGA